AUGGCCAACCCCAACCCCCUCAACGUGUACAAAGGACAAGACUCUGUCAAGAAGUACUUCGAUCCCGAAUCGGCGCCACCACUUCCUCUAGUCGAGAUCCCAGACUCACUUAAUCCUUAUCGUCAGGAUGGAGUACGUAUCUACGCCAAGAUGAUGACUAUGCAUCCUGCGAAUAAUGUCAAAGCUAUGCCAGCGUUGAACCUUUUGAACAAUUGUGUUGUUCCGGGAAAGACAAAGACAGUCGUGGAAUACAGUUCUGGAUCAACUGUUUUGUCCAUGUCGUUGAUCUCGAGGGCCAUCCACGGUGUUGACGAUGUGCGAGCAUUCUUGAGUAACAAGACCAGCGCAACGAAACUUCAGCUUAUGCAAUUCUUUGGUAUCGAUAUUACUCUCUUUGGCGGCCCAUCACAACCAGAACCUCUCGAUGAGCGCGGUGGAAUCAGAGCAGCCCAGCGCUUAGCCCAAGAAUCGGACGAGACUAUCAUAAAUCCGAACCAAUAUGAGAAUGAUCUCAACUGGAAUGCCCAUGUCAUGUGGACAGGUCCACAGAUUCAUGCACAACUUCCAGAAAUCAACUUGAUAUGUGCAGGAAUGGGAACAUCUGGCACUAUGACUGGUCUUGGAACGUACUUCAAAGAAUCCAAGCCAUCGGUGUAUCGACUGGGUGUAUGUACCGCACCCGGAGAUCGAGUGCCCGGCCCAAGAUCCUUCGCUCUCAUGGCUCCCGUCCAGUUUCCUUGGAAGAAGUCAGUCGACCAUAUUGAGGAAGUCGAUUCUCACAACUCCUUCUCCAUGUCCUUAGACCUCUGCCGUAACGGCAUUGUUUGCGGACCAUCAUCUGGAUUCAACUUGGCAGGACUAUUCCAGCUUAUCGAGAAACGCAAGGCUGAGGGCUGUCUUUCGGAUCUGGCUGGACCAGACGGAACUAUCAACUGUGUGUUUCUUUGCUGCGAUCUGCCGUACCAGUAUAUCAGCGAGUAUUUUGAUAAGCUUGGAGAAAGUUACUUUCCUUCAAUCAAGAAUGAGGAUCUUUUGAAAGUUGACCUAUACCGAUAUGACGAGAAGUGGGAGCGCGUAGCAUCCGACGCUCUCGAUGCAUUCUUCGAUAUUGACCGUGGGGCUUUGCUCGAUAUGCUCCUAGCUGAUCCCCAAAGUGCAUCUGUAAACACACUCGAUUUGCACAGUAUUCUUCGCUCGAGACAAGAUACAGCAAUCAUCGACCUACGACAGCCACAGGACUUCGACAACUUCCAUCUUCCUGGCGCUAUCAACAUGCCUUUCGUGUCCGACAGCACACCAAGUCCUUUCUCGGAUGCUAAGCUACUAGAAGGUCUAUGGAAGAACCUUGAAGAGAGUUUCAAAACUCCUGGCACAGAGCUUCAGAGUCUUCUACAUAACAGAAGGAUUCUUCUCACUUGUUAUGACGGAGAUAGUUCUCGUGUGGCAACGAGUGUACUUCGCGCCAAGGGACACGAAGCGGAUAGUAUCAGGGGUGGUUUCCAGGCGCUGAAUAAGAUGAAAGAGAGUUCGAAUCAGACUUCCGUGAACGGCGUCAGAGGGUCGUCACCAUGGGCCGAGUUAAGCCGAGAGAUUCUGAGUGUUGGGCCAUCGCAGUCGGCUCGCGUAUCAUUAUAG